UGCACACGAGUUGAAGAUUUCUUGUUCGUUGGUGGGGUUGCAGUUGCGCAGAAUCUUGAGCUUUUAAAGGGAGUUGGAAUAACGCACAUUUUGAAUUGCGCCGGAUUGUCUUCGGAGAAUUUUUUUCCAGAGUCAUUUCAAUACACUACUCUUUACUUGAAUGAUGCAGCCUCUGAAGACAUCACUUGCCACGUCUACAGGGUUGUGCGACUCAUUCAAGCUGUAAAGCAGACGGGAGGGAAGAUACUUGUACAUUGCCAUCAAGGGGUCUCAAGAUCUUGUGCAUUCUGUAUAGCUUUCUUGAUCCACGAUUAUUCUUUAUCCUACGAGGAUGCGUUUCUACGGGUGAAGGAGAGAAGAGGCAUCUGUAACCCUAACGCUGGCUUCGCUGCUCAACUGAUGACGUGGAGCAAGAAUCUGGAAGCUUACAAGCAGGUGCGUUUGAUAUUGACACGAUGA